AUGAAGUUUGUUUUAAUCUCAACCCUGUUUCUAUUGGUUACCGGGCUUGUCGAGGCAACAAUAUCUCCUAUGGUAUGCAUAUCAGCCCCUGCUGUUACCCUCCAGCCAGGUUCCAUUGUGUCGGCAAGCCUCCAGCCAUCCCCCGGUAAACGUUGCGAAGCUGUGCUCACAUUUGCUGAUUCUGAUUUCUUCCCUCUGCGUGUUGAUUUUAAACCUAUAAGUUGUUUAGGGUCCCAAGAAGCUCAAUUUGUAGUUCCCCUAGAGGUUCCAAAUGGGGAGGCAUUUAUUUUGUGGCGAUGUGCUGACCAAUCAUCACCAUCAUGUACUCAAGCCAUGAUAAGUGGAGGUUCAGGGGAUCAAAAUGCGUUAGACAUUAGUCAAUCUGGUGUGAUUAGUUGCAUUAUACCAGUCGCAACUCAAACUACAUUAGUCACGUCUAUUGGACCAUCCACAACCGUUACUGAAGCGCUGACUUCGACGAUUAUUUCCACAUCGAUUCUCCCCACCAAUGUAGUGAGUCCAGCACCCCUGACGACUGCUAAUGCAAUAAGUGGAAACUCUGCGGCAUCUACAUCUACGUUAACAUCAACGUCUGCUUCUGACGCUAAUGCGGUCUCUAUCACAUCAGGAGCUUCUUCCAACAUGGUGAUCGGAACAAACCUUGUUCCAACAGCAAUGCGAUCCAUUAUGACGGCUUUAAGCCAGGCCUCGGCCAACAUGACGGAAAGGCAGUUGAGCUGGCGCAUCACGGAGACAAUCACAGCCCUGUGUACAUCGAGCUAG